UUUAUACAUUACUUUAUAUCUGCUCAGUUAAAAAGAGAGUUGGAAUUUCAAAGACGCCUAAAAUUCAAUUAGAAAAAUCGUCCCAAUUUGGACAUUUUUUUUUUCUCAUUGCAUCUUCUUCAACCUUCCUGUGUGAAAUGGCGCUAUCAUUUUCGUUUGGAGGACUUCCUAUUCCUCCUCUUAUCGAUAGAACUACUAUUGCUUGCUCAUCCAAUAACACAUCCUCAUCCCACGCUUUUGAUGCUGCGUAUAUCAAACGCGCCGCGGAGCUAGCCGAUAAGUCCGCCGGCUUCACCGCUCCCCAUCCCAACUUGGGCUGCGUCGUUGCCACCACCGCCAAUGGCUCUGGAAAAGAAGGACGACCAGGAGUCGUGGUUGGGGAAGGUUAUCUUUACGCUGAGGGUACCUCUCCGGCUGAGCUCCAGGCCGUCGAGUCCGCCGGUGAACUGUCCAGAGGCGCCACAGCUUUUCUCAAUAUGGAGCCCGGCGAUUGCUACAGUGAUCGCACCGCCGUCUCUGCUCUUGUCAACGCAGGAAUUAGUAGAGUUGUAAUUGGAAUUAGGCAUCCUUUGCCACAUCUUCGGGGAAAUGCUAUUCGAGCCUUGAGAAGUGAAGGACUGAAGGUUGAUGUUCUUGGGGAAGAUAUACAAAGUAAAACUAUUGAGGAGGCUUUGAAAUCCUGUCUCCUAGUUAAUGCUCCUUUGCUUUAUAGAGCUGCUAAUCGAGUUCCAUUCUCUGUUCUCAAGUAUGCAAUGACCCUUGAUGGAAAAAUUGCUGCAAGUAGCGGGCAUGCAUCAUGGAUAAGCAGCAAAAAGUCAAGAACUCUAGUUUUUCAAUUGCGGGGCAGGAGUGAUGCUGUAAUUGUUGGAGGAAACACUGUACGCAGAGAUAAUCCACGUCUAACUGCAAGACAUGGAGGUGGCCAUUUGCCUAGACGAAUUGUAAUGUCAAGAACUCUUAAUCUUCCUGAGGUAGCAAAUCUUUGGGAUGUUGCUGAGGUACCCACUAUAGUUGCAACACAAAGAGGUGCACAAAAGAGUUUCCAAAAAUAUCUUGCUUCCAAAGAUGUUGAAGUGGUGGAGUUUGACAUUUUAAACCCAAAAGAUGUUAUGGAGUACUUCUAUGACCGUGGUUAUCUCUCAAUCCUUUGGGAAUGUGGAGGCACAUUGGCUGCAUCUGCCAUUACAUCUGGUGUCAUACACAAAGUACAUGCAUUUGUUGCUCCGAAAAUCAUUGGAGGAAGGAAUGCCCCUUCUCCUGUCGGCGAACUAGGGAUGGUUGAGAUGUCACAGGCUAUGGAGCUGAUUGAUGUUAGCUAUGAGCAGAUUGGGCCUGACAUGCUUAUAAGUGGAUUUCUUCAGCCAGUCCCUGACCUGUCCCCUACUAUUCCAUCAAUUGAAGAAACCUCUGCAGUUGAUCCUAGUGUCUCUCCUUAUGAAUCAAGUAUCAUAUUCUUCUACAAAACAUGGGAUCCUUAUGGUGCCUUUUCAAAUUUCUCUCCCCAUGCAAUUCGAAUUCCUGAUGAAAAUGGGGAUUACUUCAGCUGGCCAAGUGUAGAGCACUAUUACCAGGCACAAAAAUUUAUUGGAGUGACCAAUUCUAUAGCUCAGACCUGUUUGGAUGAAAUAAAAUCAGCUAGAAGUCCUGAAGAAGCAGCUCGGAUAGGGAGGAAAAUACAGAGACAACACCCUCAUCUGGUGAGAGAUGAUUGGGAAUCUGUCAAGAUUAAUAUCAUGUACAAAGGCUUAAAGUGCAAGUUCUCCAUAUACCCACAUCUAAAUUCCAUGCUGCUCUCAACAGCAGGUUCUGUUCUUGUAGAAGCUUCACCCCAUGACCUGUUCUGGGGUGGAGGUCGAGAUGGAGAAGGCCUGAAUUAUCUUGGAAGGCUGCUGAUGCAGCUGAGAUCUGAGUUUUUGGGUGACUUCUCAGCAUCACACGAUCAGUCUACUACUCACCAGGAAAGAAAAGAUGAGCUGAAUAGAUUAUAGUUAUAUAUAUAUAUAUAUUGUAGGAUUCACAUGUAAUCUCGAGUUGUGCAAAUAGUCAAAUAAUAUUCUUUUUUAAUCUUUUUGGAUCUGGUGCUAUACAAGUUAAAUUGGGUGCCAGUAGAAUA